CUCUGCAAGAAAAUGGUUUUUGUCUUGAUUUAAUGUUAUCCCUUAGAUCAUGAGAAGUAACUUUAAAGUUGGAUCUUAUAUUACUUUAGGUGCUGUUGUGAAAUCCAAAGCCCAGCUAGUUGGAAUCCAUGAGAGAGUGAGAAGUGAUAUUGAGGGUAACCUUGCUCCAAAAUCAUCAGUUCAACCUCCAAAGGGUUCUUUGAGCACAACACAAGGGGAAGGGAAGCGGGUGGCAACUGCUGCUAAUCCUAAUGCAGAAGAUGCUGCUGAACUUCUGAGGAUGUGUAUGCAAUGUGGAAUACCCAAGACAUACUCCAGUGCGCGAGGAAUGGUCUGCCCACAAUGUGGGGAUCGCCCACUUGCAGAUGCAAAUAAAGAGACUGACAAGAAGAAGGGAUCAACCAUCAAAGAAAAGGAGAAGAACAAGAGGAUGAAGGGGCAGUCAUCUCAUGCUUCUUGGAAAAGUGAGACAGAGAUGCAGCUCCGGCAGCAGUAUGAUUAAUAGCAGAACCUAAAAGAGUAAGCUGGAUCAUGUAACAUGUUUUAGGAAUUUAGAAAUAGAAUUGGCAGAAUCACCCAUGUAGCUGAGUUGAAUUAGCAGAACCCAAGUGCCCUAGGCACAUGUGUAAUGUCUUUUAACGUUGUUGCCUUCUUUGUGUGGAUUUUACUAAAAUCUAAACUGGUGCUUUUUGUUGUUUUU